ACUGAAGACGGCAUAGAGGGCGGUCUCGAACACAUCUGCUACUGUACGGAUUCUCUGCUAGCAAGCUAGCCGAAGAGACAAAUUAACCCUCGGUAAUGUUUCGCAGAAGAGAGUAACGAAGGGGGAGAAAAGGAGAUUUGUUUAAAAAAUGGCGGAUGUUGCGGAGGAAUAUGGAAUUCAUUCUGCUGUCCCAUCACUGCUGCAUUCGUCCUCUCGUAAUGGGACUAGCGUGGAUUCUGCAACCGGUAACGAGAGCGGACUCACAGUCACCACUGUAACUACAGGCCCUCGGCUAGUCCGGAUUGUCAAGUCAGAUUCGGGCUAUGGCUUUAAUGUGCGAGGACAAGUCAGCGAGGGAGGACAGCUCCGAAGCAUACAUGGGGAAUUGUACGCUCCUCUCCAGCAUGUCAGUGCUGUUUUGCCUGGAGGUGCGGCAGAUAGAGCGGGUAUCUCAAAGGGUGACCGCAUUCUCGAAGUCAAUGGGAUGAACGUGGAGGGGGCGACACACAAACAGGUGGUGGACCUGAUACGGGCGGGGGAGAGGGAACUGGUGCUGGCCGUGCUGUCGGUGCCCCAGGCCGAGACGGACAGCCUCGAGGCGACCGACGAAAGCCCUGCAGCGUGUUGCUAUGACUACAGUGACAAGCAGGCAGUGCCCAUCUCCAUACCCACCUACAAGCAUGUAGAGCAGAACUCGGAGAAGUUUGUGGUAUACAAUGUGUACAUGGCAGGCCGACAGCUAUGCUCCAAGCGAUAUCGGGAGUUUGCCAUCCUGCACCAGAACUUAAAGAGGGAGUUCAGCACCUACAAUUUCUCCAAACUGCCGGGAAAGUGGCCUUUCUCCCUGUCCGAGCAGCAGCUGGACGCACGGCGCAGAGGUCUAGAGGAGUACCUGGAGAAAGCCUGUUCUGUGAGGGUGAUUGGAGAAAGUGACAUAAUGCAAGAGUUCCUGUCUGAAUCAGAUGAGAACUUUAAUGGUGUGUCAGAUGUGGAGCUGAGAAUAGCCAUGCCGGACAAAACGACAGCCACGGUCCGAGUACGUAAGAACAGCACCACGGACCAGGUCUAUCAGGCUGUUGUAAUGAGAGUCGAAAUGGAUAGCAUCACAGCCAGUUACUUUGCACUUUUUGAAGUGAUUAAUCAUACAUUUGUGCGUAAGCUGGCCCCUAAUGAGUUUCCCCAUAAGCUGUAUGUGCAAAACUACACGUCUGCAGUGCCGGGCACCUGUCUGACCCUUCGCAAGUGGCUCUUUAGCGCAGAGGAGGAAGUGCUGCUCAACGACAACCAGCUGGCCAUAACCUACUGCUUCCACCAGGCCAUGGAGGACGUGAAGAAGGGAUCCAUAAAGGUGGGGGAGAAGUCUUAUCAGCUCCAGAAACUCGCCGAGCAGAAGAAGAUAAAUAUUUACUUGAGUAUGUUGAGCACAUGUGAAGGCUACAAUGAGAUCGUGUUCCCUCACUGCGCGUGUGACUCUAGGCGCAAAGGCCAUGUGCUCACUGCCAUCAGCAUCCACCACUUCAAGCUGCACGCCUGCACCGAGGACGGGACUCUGGAGAACCAGGUGAUUGCCUUUGAGUGGGGUGAGAUGCAGCGCUGGGACACGGAUGAGGAGGGCAUGGCCUUCUGCUUCGAGUACGCCAGGGGAGAGAAGAAGCCACGCUGGGUCAAGAUCUUCACCCCCUAUUUCAACUACAUGCACGAGUGCUUUGAGAGAGUUUUCUGUGAGCUCAGAUGGAGGAAAGAGCUGGAGGAGGAGGUGACUGAUAAAGACAAUAAGAACUGCAGCAGAGAUGGUAUGUGUAGUAAGAAUAUCUUCCAGCUGCUGAGAAACAGAAGGGAUGGAGGCACUUGAAUGAGGAGGUCAUUACCUCUUGAACACUGGCGCGCACACACACACACCCAUCACUAACUCAAUAUAAAUAUUACACUAAAGCAAGCAUUGUGAAAAAAUAAAUGUUUACUGUAUAUGCCUAUAACAUCAGACAUAGGAGUCCUCUGAAAGAACUCUUGGCUGCAUUUUAAAAGUGAUUUAAAAUAUACAUACAUUUCUGCAACAAACAUUGCACUUCACCUCAUUGCAACUCCCAUGACACACCACGUCUUAAACUGACUGAUGAAUCAGACACUAUUUAGCAGCCAGCAGGUACAAAUGGAAACUUGCCCGGAAACUGACUGAAAUUGUGUGUCGCAUUUCACUGUGACCAACCUGAUCCACUGCAUGACUGGACAAAGGGAACAAUAUCUACAUCAAGACAAAAAAAAAAUCCAGCAGACUGGCUCCUCCUUUGACACACAUGGACGACCUUCUCGCCAGAAGGGAAGGAUAUCUGCAACGUCAUUGGUCUAGAAUAUGGGUGUCUUGGCAACAUUCGUGGCUAGGAGUGACCUCUAGGAUGUGACUGGAUGUGUGGUGUGGCUGCAGAAAGGACUAGUGAAGGGCUCUGGGUGGACUUGUCUUACCCAACUUUGACUUGUAGAACAGAGGUCAGGGCACUCACCUGAGAUCCCGCCCGUCAAGAGACUGGUGAACAAAACUCACACACACCACACACACACACACACACACAUCACACUACACUACACUACACUACACUCAUCUCCGAGGAAAUAAUCAUGAGUUUGAUCGAGCAAAGAAGAGUGAGCACAUCAAUACAGACGAGCCUGCCUGGCUUUUCCCACUUAGUUGUCAUCUAAGGGGAGUAGAAACACUGACAGAAACGGUAACCUUAUUCUGUAACACUUUACUUGAAAGUAUCUACAUAAGAGUGACAUGACCAUAUGACACUGUUAUGACACAUGAACCCUAACUUGUCAUAACAAAAACCAAAUGACACUUAAUGACAGAAGCGUUAUGUCAUACAUGUUUAUGACUUGUUUAUUAUGUUUAUCACACGUUCAUGACAGUGUCGUGUCACUCUUAUGUAGAUACCUUCAAGUAAAGUGUAACCCCUUAUCAUGUAAAUCUGUUUACUUUCCUCCUGACUUGGAUCAUCUCCUUGUGGCAGUUUUCAGUCAUUGCGCUGGCAGGGUAGUUUUCUUUUCUGUUUUUGAUCUGAUCUCACUAUUUAUUUCUGUGCAUGUAGAUGCAUUUCAACAUUGUGCUGAAAUUUUAAGUGUUCCUGUGUGUGUGUGUGUGUGUGUGAGAGAGAGAGAGAGAGAGAGAGAGAGAGAGAGAGAGAGAGAGAGAGAGAGAGAGAGAGAGAGAGAGAGAGAGAGAGAGAGAGAGAGAGAUUUAUUUCAGUUUCUCUUUCCCCCUGUCUAAGGGAAUGUGUGUAUGAGAAAUGAUAUGUGCACAUGCUUUGAUUGUUCCCUUUUUUAUGUUCACAUAGCUGUCCUUGACAUCGCAGGAGCAUACUUCGCAUUAUGUUCCUGCUGUAACAAACUAUGGGAUAUGUGUAAUCUGAUGGGUUAUGUGUCAUCUGAUGGGUUGUGUAAUCUGAUGGGUUAUGUGUAAUCUGUAUGCUCUCUGCCGCUGCCACUGGCGCUCUCAAACGACUUUCUGUCGAGUCCUCACGGCAGACUGAUCAACCUCUGUGUGUGUUGGAAUCAGUUAGCACAACAGUAUUAUUAUUAUUAUUAUUAUUAUUAUUAUUAUUAUUAUUAUUAUUAUUCAGUAUUACAGUUUUGAUGUACUGAGGUUGCAGUGUGUAGCAGAAUAACUUGCACACAAUACAACACAGAAAUUGAACAUAUGGACAUUCUUACCAACCAAUGUAGAGACACCUUCUAUCUUCAAAUUAUUGUUGCAUCCCUGUGGUCAAAACCGCAGACAUAAGGGGUGAUCUAGCUGAUUACUGAAAAGCUAGUUUGGUGAAGUUCUGUUCUGACUGCUCUAAGUAUUCAUGAAAGACUCACUUUUUCUACGGACCCAAUGGAAGCAGUCUCUGAAUGUGAUGUGUGAAGCAGGCCCUUUGUUCCUGAGCUUCACACAGGCCUACGGAAUUCAGUCAUCCAUGACGUGUUGAAUCUUAAAUGCCGUUACUUGAUUGUUUUGCCAUCGGAGGUCUUUCUCUUUCUGUCUCUGUCUCUUUAUCUCUCUCUCUGUCAUCUGCGACUUGACCGAGAAAAAAAAAAGAUUGCUCCAUAAUUUAUUUCAGUAUUAGAACUGCAGUCUUUGAAGAACAGGAAAAAAAUAACUAUUUAUGCUGUAAAAAUGGAAAAAUGUUGAAGGACUCUGCACUAUUUCCUUAAUGAAUGGAAUUGGGCUUUAAAAAAAAGAGCAAAAAACAACAAAAAUCGAAAGCAUUUUUGAGGACUGGCUUCUGAACAGUCUUUGACAGUCAUAUUUGGUUAGUGUAAAGAUAAGUUGUAAAAUAUUCUUCUAAAUAAAAAAAAUAUUGAAGCAACACA